UUGUUUUAUUAUGUAAUAAAAAAACAACAAAAACAAAACGGUGUAAUCCAAGUCUCCGGAAGCCCUGAGAUCACAAAUUGCUUUGAAAAGAAAUUAUCCACACCCUUGCAGUUGAGCUUGUGCACCCAAGUCAGACGGAGUGAACGCUAACAGUUUUGAUCACCAAUUACAGUGAAGACUUUAGCUUUUGAAAGGAUGUAAACAAUAUUUCUUUACAUCUGAAAACACGUCCCCACCUUCUCCAGCUGCUUAGGAGAAUGCUGAAACGCUGUUUCAAAAUGAAAUGUUUUGUGGACUACGAAACUUCCUCUGACCUUCCAUGGGCAUGGGGGUGAGUAGGCGAUGACUGGAUUAUCAUUGCUGGGUGAACUUAUCCUUUAAAAAAAGGACCGUGAGUUUAUUCUACUUAAGAAUUCUACAAAUGCAUUGAUAAAGCUCUUGCUGUUUCCAGAACGCAUUGAUUUGGAUUCCCCCUUUCUAUGUCAAAAUGGCUAUCAGAAAAAUUCCCAUUUGUCCUAAAAACAGACAUGAUGAAUACAUGGAGGCGGUAUAGACUGCAGACUCUAACACUGGGAACUGGCCAACACAAAGAUCUAGGUGCAAUGGCUGAGGUAUCUCACCAACAAGCAUGUCGGGACACAACAACUGUGUUUGUUUUAAAAUGUAAUUAUUAGCAUCACUACUGUUAUUUAUAUUAUUUUUUAUUUAACUUCCUUUUUCCGUUGUUGCCUCUGUACUGUACCAUUCAGUUCUUGGUUGAUAUCAAGUUGAACUGUUCUUGCAUAUUUGACAACUAUUCCAAAAAAAAAAAAAGGAAAGUAGAAAAACGUGAAUUUCAACACUGAACAGUUUUUCUUGGGACGGAUGCCUUCUGCCUCUGGCAUCCUGACAGAACUGUACAAUAUCUCUUUCUCUCUCUCUCUCUCUCUCUCUUGCUGUAUACACAACAUCUUUCCCACAUGGCAGUGGGGUUCUGUGUGUUUCAGGGGCUAUUUUGUAAACACCAAGGGCCAUAACUAAGAGUUAGCUUUACUUGCUUUUCUAGUCCACAGGUAACAAACAUGGAGCGAACAAGUAGCAUCAGGAGAAAAGCCAUGGCCAGACAACACAAAGGGGAAGUCAUGAUUGCCGGAGAACAACUCAGGUUGAGGCUUCAUGACGGGAAACUGAUCAAGGACAGACGCUACCACCUGCGCACCUAUCCAAACUGCUUCGUGGCACAGGAACUUAUAGACUGGCUUGUGAGCCAUAAAGAAGCUCCAGAUCGAGCAACUGCUGCCUGCCUCAUGCAGCACCUCAUGGAUCACGACAUCAUCCACCAUGUGUGUGAUAAGAGGCCAGUCUUCAAGGAUGCCAAACUGCUGUACCGUUUCCGCAAAGACGAUGGCACAUUUCCCUUCAGUACAGAGGUGAAAAUCUUCAUGCGAGGACAACAACUAUAUGAACAGCUCAUAGCAGACAAAAACUCCAUUCUGCAGCUGAGAGAGGAGCAUGGCGUUGCAUAUCGGCGCUCCUUUCCCGGCUGCCAGUUGAUUGACUGGCUCCUUCAGAAUGCAGAGGCAGAGUCCCGGCGCCGGGGACUGGAGCUGUGCCGCACAUUGCAGGAGCAUGGCAUCAUUCAGCACGUGGCAAAGAAACAUGACUUCUUUGACAGCGGACUGCUCUAUCAGUUCUGCAUCAAUUUCCGCCGCCGUCGCCGUCUAUCUGCGCUUUUAAAUGAAAGCGAACGAGACGAAGACGAAGGAGUGGCAGUGUCGACACCCGAGGACACCCAUCCUGAAAGUCCAUUUGUUCUGCGCAAAAGCCAACCUCAGGAGGGCAACAGCGCUUUUCAGUCUGUGGAGUCGAGCAAAGACCUGAAACAGGUUACCAGUGGGCGUCGAGGCAGCUUGAAUUCCCUUCAGCUUCACUCAGCUGGAUUCCCACCUCUCGCCCAGUCUUCAUCGUCAGUGGUGAGAUGCAAUCCUAAAUCAGUGCUGAGAAGAACUUUUACAUGUGAAGAGUUACUGGCACCCGGCGCACCCUUCCUCAAGAAAGUGUUGACGGUGAUAGGAGAUGCCCUGGGCUGGGGCUUUGUUGUCAGAGGCGUGGCUCCUUGUUACGUGCAGGCUGUUGACCCUGGAAGCCCCGCAGCAGUUGCUGGAGUUAAGGUGCGGCAGUUUGUGUGUCAGGUGAAUGGCCAGUGUGUUCUCUACCUGGACUACAGGACAGUCACCAGACUGGUGAUGACAGGGACCCGCACUGUUGUGCUGGAAGUAAUGGAACCACUGGAAUGACAACAAUAAAAC